GGGUCGCGGGCAGGCAGGCCGGGGAGGGGCGUGUCCGGGCGGAGCUCAGCCCAACCUGCCAGGCGGAAGUCUCAGGGGCGGCCGGUUCCCCGGAGCUCAGCUCACCUAAAGGCUGACCCGCGGUGUCGGGAGCAGGGCGGCGCCAUGAAGCGCGGGGCGUCGCUGCGCCUGCUGUCCGACCUGAGCGACUUCAGCUGCGCGGCGCAGUUCCGGGAGCUGCUGGCCCGGGAUGCGGCGAUCCGCCUGCGGUGCAGCGCCGACGGCCGACACCUGCUGCUGCUUAGCGGCCCCGGAGCGCCGGCCCCACAGCUGCUGGUGGCCGCGCGCGGAUCGGGCGCGGGGCUGGAGCGGGCCUGGCCAGAGGCCCGGGCUGCGCCCCUGGACGCCAUCUUCCUAUCUUGGCCGGCGCGGCCCGCCCUGGCGCUGGUGUGGGAGAGCGGCCUGGUGGAGCUGUGGGGCACUGACCUGGGGCCCGCCUGGCGGCGGCUGCACACCACCGAACUAUGUCCCCACGGCGCGGCCCGCGUGGCGGCGGCGGCAGCGCCCCGGGGCCGCCUGGUGUGGUGCGAGGAGCGCCCGGACGGCGCCGGCGGCCACCGCGUGUGCGUCCGCACGCUGGAGCCCGGCGGUGAGACUGGUGUCCGCUUGGGCCGGACGCACGUCCUGCUGCACCAUUGCCCUCCUUUCCGUUUGCUGGCCUCUCGCAAGGAUGUCUUUCUGGGCCCCACUGCCUCCGCUUGGCCAGGUGCCGCCCACAUCCUGCUCACUUGGAACCCGAGCAAAGGCAAGGUGAUGGUGACUGCCCCGCGCCUCGGCCUGUCCUACAGUAAAAGCCUGAAUCCCAAGCAGGGAGAUACCUGGGACUUCCGAACGCUGCUCCGAGGCUUUCCUGGGUUGCUGUACCCUGGAGAGCCACUGGCUGUCCAUACCUGGGCCCCAACUCCCCAGGGACUGCUGUUGCUGGACUCGAGGGGCACCAUCAUCUUAGUUCAGGCCCAUGGUGGUACCCGAACCGUGGGCGCCCUGCAGGAGGCCUCUAUAGGUCUGGAGAGCACUGCCGCUCUGGGAGCAUUCAAUGGUACGCUGGCCUGUGUGCUGGGCUCCACCUUGGAACUGCUGGACAUGAGCACUGGGCGGCUGUUGGAGCGGAAGGUCCUCAGUACAGACCGGGUCCAUUUGCUAGAGCCCCCAGCCCUUGCAAUGAAGGAUGGGGAGGAACUAGAGACCCGAAGGGGGCUUCGUUUGCUUUCAGCCUUAGGUCUGUUUCAUGUGGGUUGGGAAGCCCCCCAAUCCUUUGAGCUGCCUUCCGCCACCGACCUGGUAUUCGAGGAGGCCUGUGGGUACUACCAGCGGCGAAGCCUGCGGGGUGCCCAGCUCACCCCCGAGGAACUGCGGCACAAUAGCAUGUUCCAAGCACCUCAAGCCCUCGCCUCGAUCCUCCAGGGUCACCUGUCCCCGUCUGCACUGUUGACUAUCCUAAGGGUUGAGCUUCGGGAUUAUCAGGGGCUAGAGCAGCUAAAGGCCCAGUUGGUGGCAGGAGAGGAGGAGGAGGCUGUCUGGACAGAGCUGGCCCACCAGGAAGUGGCACGCCUGUUGAGAACUGAGUUGACAGGAGAGCAGCUUGCCCAGCUUAACACUGUUUUCCAGGCCCUUCCCUCAGCAGCCUGGGGUGCCACCCUUCGUGCCCUGCAGCUCCAGCCAGAUGGAAAUGGCAGGCUGAGCUCCCAAGCUCCCACUGAUGUGUGGAAAAAAGUGCUAGGGGCUACAGCAGCUAUAAAGGAAGCCCCCAGUGGGAUACUGCCUGCCUUUGAGCUCCUGUGCCAGUGCCUGUACCGACUGGAGCCGCAGUGGCUCCCCUCUUUCGUGGAGCUUGCCCAGCAGCAGGGUGGGCCAGGCUGGGGAGCUGGAGGCCCAGGGCUGCCCCUGUACCGUAGAGCCCUGGCUGUCCUAGGUGAAGAGGGGACCAGACCUGAGGCACUGGAGAUAGAGCUGCUUUUGGGCAGCAGGCGGCCCAAGGCUGUACUGCAAGCUGUGGGCCAGCUGGUGCAAAAGGAGCAGUGGGAGCAGGCUCUGGAGGCCGGCCUAGCCCUUGGGCCCUCCAGCCCCCUGCUUCGAAGCGAGAUCUUCAAACUGCUACUGGCCGAGUUUGCCAGGCAUCGCCAGCUUGAUGCUCACCUCCCCCUUCUCUGCUGCCUAUGCCCACCAGAGCUUACUCCAGAUGAGCUCCUGCUUCUCCUGAGAGCACACCUCCCAGAUGAGGGGGCACCCCCCACCCCAUUCCCUGAGCCAGGGGCAGAGCCCCCUCUCACCUUGGGCUUGCUCAGAACCUUGUUGGAGCAGACUGCGGCUGAAGGACGGCCCUCAGGCCCAGUCCUAAGCCUGUACGAGGACAUCUUGUGGGACCUACGCACUCCACCCCCUACUCCACCUCGGGGACCUGUGACUACACUCCAGGCAGCAGAGCAGCCAGCCCUGGAGGCCUGGGCACCACUUGGACAGGGCCCCUGUGUGACUGACACAGGAAGUCAUUUGUAGGACACGGUGAUCAGGGAGGAGUGCCUAGGAGUUGGAGGGGGGCAAGGGUGGAACCUGUGUGUGCAAUUCCCUUCUCUCUCCUGGAACAAUUUUUGAAAUAUAUAUAAAUGUCAAAUGUG